CUGGUCUCCCCCCGUCUCCCUUUUUUUGUAAUUCCUCCUUUUUUUUAGUUCCCUGCUCCAUGGGUACACACACCGAGAUACGCACAUGACAGUACUUCGGUGCAAGAGCCGGUGCAUCGCCAGGAGGGCUGCGGUUCCACUCCGGGCACACACACACACGCAUGCUGCUGCUGCUGCUGCUGCUGGAAGUCUUUCUACACGGGGAUUAGCAGCCGCCUCUCGCUCUCUAGAUUCCUCUCUUUAUCCUCCUUUCCUUUCCUGUCGUUUCUUCUCUCCCUCAAGCGCCUGACUGACGGACAGCGGGCAUAAAAAGAACAGUCAAGCAUCCAAUAUUGGAACUGACAUCUGAAUUAAGUGUGCAAAAAAACCUCUUCCCACUUUAACUAUUGAAACAUCUAAAAUGGAAAACUGACUAAAGGAGGCCUUUCUCUGAGAUCUGCCUGUUGCAUAGCCAUACAUAUUAGAUGACUUUGGGACUUGCUUUUCAUCAGCGAUGAAGGGAUUAUCUAGCAGCCGUAGUCAUCAUCAUGGGGUUGCCUGUGACCCUCCGUGUGACAGUCUGCCACACCACCCAGACAGGAAGCCAUAUUUGUUAAAUCCGGUGGACCCCCAUCCUGCAGAUCACCCUUACUACACUCAAAGGAACUCUUUUCAGGCAGAGUGCAUGGUGCCCUACAAUGAUCAGAUUGCCAGCAGCACGUUUCCCCGGAGGCAUUAUAGUUCCCACCAUGAACUCAAGGAUGAGUGUGCUCUGGUUCCCCAUGGAACUGCCAACAAGACAAACCGCAUUCCUGCCAACCUUUUGGACCAGUUUGAGCGGCAGCUGCCUCUGAAUCGGGAUGGCUACCACACUCUGCAGUACAAGCGGACUGCCAUGGAGCACCGCAGUGACAGCCCAGGGAGGAUCAGGCAUCUGGUUCAUUCUGUCCAAAAGCUCUUUACUAAGUCACAUUCACUGGAGGGACCAUCCAAGGGGAGUGUCAAUGGGAGCAAAGCAAGUCCAGAGGAGUCGCAGACGAUGAGGUAUGGGAAGCGCAGCAAGAGUAAAGAAAGGAGAUCAGAAGGUAAGCCCAGAUCCAAUGCAUCAGGAUGGUGGAGUUCAGAUGACAACUUGGACAAUGAUGUUUGUAUUUAUCAUGGUCCCAGUGGGGUCAUGACCAUGGGAAGAUGCCCUGAUCGUUCUUCUUCCCAAUACUUUAUGGAAGCCUAUAACACUAUUAGCGAACAUACUGUGAAGUCAUCCAGAAGCAAUAAUGAUGUCAAAUGCUCUACCUGUGCAAACCUGCCUGUGAAUUUGGACUCCCAGUUAAUGAAGAAAAGCUCUUGGUCCUCUACAUUAACAGUGAGCAGAGCCCGUGAAGUUUACCAGAAAGCAUCAGUUAACAUGGACCAGACAGUGGUGAAAGCAGAGACGUGUCAACAGGAACGGUCAUGUCAGUACCUCCAGGUCCCUCAAGAUGAAUGGACUGGAUACACUCCACGAGGGAAAGAUGAUGAGAUUCCCUGCCGACGAAUGCGUAGUGGCAGUUACAUCAAAGCCAUGGGGGAUGAUGACAGUGGAGACUCAGACACAAGUCCAAAGCCAUCUCCAAAGAUCGCUGCACGGAGAGAGAGCUAUCUCAAGGCCACCCAGCCAUCCCUCACAGAGCUCACCACCCUCAAGAUAUCCAGUGAACACUCGCCGAAGCUUCAGAUCCGGAGCCACAGUUACCUGAGAGCAGUGAGUGAAGUCUCCAUCAACAGGAGCCUGGACAGCCUGGACCCAGCAGGGCUGCUGACAUCCCCCAAGUUCCGCUCCCGCAACGAGAGCUACAUGAGAGCCAUGAGCACCAUCAGUCAGGUGAGUGAGAUGGAGGUGAACGGUCAGUUUGAAUCCGUCUGUGAGUCGGUGUUCAGUGAACUCGAGUCUCAGGCAGUGGAGGCACUGGAUCUGCCCAUGCCGGGCUGCUUCCGCAUGAGGAGCCACAGCUACGUCAGGGCCAUUGAGAAGGGCUGUUCUCAGGAUGACGAGUGUAUAUCACUGCGGUCCUCAUCUCCCCCACGUACAACCACCACGGUGAGGACCAUCCAGAGCAGUACUGUGUCAUCCUGCAUUACGACCUAUAAGAAGACACCGCCUCCAGUCCCACCAAGAACUACCACAAAACCAUUUAUUUCUAUCACAGCCCAGAGCAGCACAGAAUCUGCCCAAGAUGCAUAUAUGGAUGGCCAUGGACAGAGGGGAGAUAUCAUCAGUCAGUCUGGACUUAGCAACUCCACGGAGAGCUUGGACAGUAUGAAGGCUCUGACAGCUGCUAUUGAAGCUGCCAAUGCACAGAUCCAUGGCCCUGCAAGUCAACAUGUAGGGAACAACACUGCCACCGUAACCACCACCACAACUAUUGCCACCGUUGCAGUAGAAGAUAGAAAGAAGGACCACUUCAAGAAAAACAGAUGCUUGUCUAUUGGAAUACAGGUUGAUGGUGCUGAAGAGUCCAAUAAAUCAGUUGAAAAUAAAGCAACCAGUAAGUUCCAGUCCAUAGGAGUUCAAGUAGAGGAGGAAAAGUGCUUUCGCAGGUUUACACGAUCUAAUAGUGUAACAACAGCUGUGCAAGCAGACCUGGAUUUCCAUGAGAACUUUGAAAUAAUCGACCCUCAAGAGGACAAUACGUGUUCUGGACAAAUAUCAAGACAAUUUUCCCGAGAUGCAAGCACCUCCACCGUUAGCAUACAAGGGUCAGGAAACCAUUACCAUGCAUGUGCAGUGGAUGAUGACUUUGAUACAGAUUUUGACCCAUCAAUUUUACCUCCUCCUGACCCCUGGAUUGACUCUAUUACUGAAGAUCACCUGGAAGCUGUUCAAAGGUCAGUGUGCCCACGAGACGGCCACUGGUUUCUGAAGCUACUACAGGCAGAGAGAGAUCGUAUGGAGGGCUGGUGCCAACAGAUGGAGAGAGAAGAACGGGAAAACAACUUACCUGAGGACAUUCUAGGGAAAAUUCGAACUGCAGUGGGCAGUGCCCAGCUUCUCAUGGCCCAGAAAUUUUACCAGUUCAGAGAACUUUGCGAAGAAAACCUGAAUCCUAAUGCACAUCCACGGCCGACCUCCCAGGAUUUAGCAGGGUUUUGGGAUAUGCUGCAGUUGUCCAUAGAAAAUAUUAGUAUGAAAUUUGAUGAACUUCAUCAGUUAAAGGCCAAUAAUUGGAAACAGAUGGAUCCUCAUGACAAGAAGGAGAGAAGGGUCCCUCCUCCAGUGCCAAAGAAGCCAUCGAAAGGUCAGGUGCCACUCAUACGAGAACGCUCUCUGGAAAGCUCGCAGCGUCAAGAGGCCCGGAAACGGCUGAUGGCUGCCAAGCGCGCUGCAUCGGUCCGCCAGAACUCAGCUACCGAGAGCGCCGAAAGCAUUGAGAUAUACAUCCCUGAAGCCCAGACCAGGCUAUGAAGGGAUCCAACCAGGAGGACUCUCUCUGGCAAGACAAGCCUCAUGUAUAAUCUGCCCCUCUAGGCUCCUGCUCAAGGUCACCACAAAGUAUUUGUACCUCCUCCUCUCUCUCUCUCGCUCUCUGCCCUCUCCUCUCCCCCUCCCCUCUCUCUAUAUACAGCCACCCCGAUGCUCCCAGUGAACUCCACUGCCGUGGCGUAGUUGUCGGUCCUCCAAGAGAUGUCCUCUAAUCACCCUUGCUUUCUGAAGGUUCGCCCAUGCCAUCACGAUGCUUUGUCACAUGUACUGAUGCUGCCAGUUUGCCUCAUGUAAACGAGUACAAUCCGUCUUUAUUUUUUAGUUUCUGUUUGAAACAAAUAAACGCAGCGCUCAGACUUCCACACGCCCGCCACCUGUACAGUAGAUGCUCCGUUUAACUUACUCAUGAUCUUUAGUUGACCUAAAGCUAGUCUGUUACCCAGUGUACAGCAAUAUCAAACUGUAGGGGACUUUGGAAAUAUCAGUCAUGCAGGGUGAUCCUUUUGGACUCUGCCGUCUUCCUCACAAAAGAUGAACGGAACUAAGACUCGGAUUCCCUUCUUUUUAUUACUGUUUUUUUAAAAGCAGAUGGCGCACUUUAAACCUCUGAAUCACACCUUCUCACCUGAAUUUAAGGAGUCACAUACGGGGAGGGGGCUGGGGUGGGCAUAGGGAAGUGGGGGGGAAAAUAAAACAGAGCUCUGCAAGGUGAAAAAGUGAAAGUAUAUCCCGCAGGUGAGAUGGCGAGGGAUAGAAAAGUUCCUGUGGAAAGAUACCUGCACACUCACAGCUGCACAAACUGCCUCAUUUUUAUUUCAUCAAUCACUACUUAAACAUUUCAAUCAGCAGAAGAUUGUAAAUUCGAUCUUCCAGGGAAAUAAUCUAUUUUGAAAGGCAAUAAAAGAGUGAAAAGGAAGGAGAUAAGAAGCAAUGACAGUUGAAGAGAUAAUAUAAAAGAAGGAUUUUCUUGUCCAAGUAUUAAGAAUUUUUAAAAUUGUACUGUAUUGUCAAUUCCUCUUGUAUUGUAUUGUAUGGAUUAUAUUGGUUAAAAAAAAAAAAAAAAAAGAAAAAAAGAAGUUUGGUUUUGUUGAUGUCUUAAUCUCGGUGGGACCAUCCGCUCUCACACGUCCAUGCAGCCACACACAGACACCUGUAGACGAAUUGCUGUACAUGGAGCCUCUGAUGCUUUUCCAGACCAGGCUUGCUUUGCUCUAUCCACAGCCAGUUGUAUGCUACAGUUCAGACUGCUUAUCACCAAACAGUCCAUAUCUAGGAGUAAAUUUCUCACUCAGACUCCUGUAUAAAAUACCCAUUUGAACAAGAACAUAUUUUUCACAAGUUAUGGGAUCAAUAUGAACUUAAUUUUUUUCACAACAAGCCUUCCUCCCAAUGGCUUCUGCCAUUGUUUUGCAAUCACGAAAAAUAUGCAUCCCAAGUAGCUCAUUAAUAGUGGGGGUAACUGGCAGACAAUAGGGCUGGAGAGGAGCCUGAGAGGUCAGCCCCCUGCAUGUCUGUUCCCCCAAGUCACCCUGGCUGAGGCAGGAGCUUGUCCUCCAGCUCCUCUGAUGUGGAGCGGUGCUGACCAUGACGCUACCAGGAUCUCUUGUGCCAACAUUAGGCAAGUUAUGUCAGGCAUGUUGCUGAAAGCAAGUUGUGUGCGUGCAUGUGAGUGUGAGUUUGAGUGUGUGCGUGCAUAUGUGUGCCUAGCUGGCACGUGCUGCUGAAAGCAGAAUUACUGUGAUCUGGUUUGGAUGACAGGGCUGGUCCAGGGCAGAUGAACACUGUGUGGCCCCUGGUGUUGCGUGCAGCCCCAUGGUGAUGCUUUUUGGACCUCUCCACUGGUCCCUGUGAGGUUUUUGCCCCAGCUGCCAGGGCAGGGCUACAUGGGAGAGGAAGGCAGGCUGCUUUCCAUUCCUGAUGGGAACAGGCAGAGGGACAAGCCCCCAUGGAGGCGCACAGGGUGCCAGCACUGUCUGUCUGUGCCCAUUAACUGUUGUACAGAUGAUCCGACCCAUGAAAAAUCCCACUGCACGGGGUGUUGUAAUUCUGCAGCUUGCACUUAAAAAGCAUUCAAAAUCAUCAUCAAAAACUUAAGGUCUUGCUAAAACUAUCCAUUGAGAUCAUGGCAGACAGCUUCUUUUCCUACAACAUCACAGCCAGGUGCUAAUUUAAUUUUAUUCAAGAAAAUAAGAGAGGUAAUAGGUUCUGGCACCAAGUAUUUUCAUGAGAGCAUAUUAAAACCACUAGAGAAUUUGCUACCUCUCAAAGCCAUUGAUAUCUGAGCUAUGUCUUUAUAAACAGGGCACAAAUAUUUACUGCUGUGGUUUACAAGAUAAGGGCUAAUAAUUUAAUAUAUAAAUGACUUUUAACUAGAGUAAUCAGAAAUCCAGUGUAACCCUAGAGUGCUUUGUGUUACAGGAGCUUCAAAUGGUUUGACCCUCUAGGUGUUUGAAUAGCAGUGUAUUUGCUAGUUUUGAAACACUGCGUUUAACUUUUAGCAGCAAUGAAACAUCACCGUGUUUGCAGUAUGUAAUAGUGCCAACUGCCACUUUUGAGCAUAUAUAGUCAUAGGAAGUAUUAACUAUUUGGAACUCAUUUGUACUGAAAUAUUCAAAGCAGUAUCCAGGUGAGAGUCCACAUUCACAACUGUGUUGCAGACUUAACUUAGUUUUGUGAACGUUUUAUGAAAGAUGAGUUAAGACUCUGGUUGACAAGUGGCUACAGAAAUUUAUAUCCAGCAAGUUCCCACCUAAAAAUGCAGAAAAGCAAAGACUAUCUAGUCCUGUACAUUACAAAUUACUGUAUUUGUAUGUCACAGAAUAUUUUUCAUGUCUAAUUUAAAUGGAUUUAUUCUUAGCAGGAUACUUGUUAGUUCAUUUGGCACUGGAGAGGUUAUUAUAAUGCUUGCUUAGUUUUUUAGCAAAAUAUUAAAAGUAGAGCCAAGAUCAGAAAGUAUAAAAUAGAAUAAUUCUGCCCCUAGAAUGCCACUAGUUAACCACUUGACUCAUUUACUGACUCUAAUGCUAGUAUAUUUGCUCUAUCAUCUGUUUUAGUAUAAUUUGUAACUAUUUGUUUUUAGUCUAACCUGCCCAGUGUAUAUUAAAAAUGCCUAUAUUCUGUUUCACUUUGGGACUAAAAUAUUGCUUUUUUUUUUUCCUUGGGGGAAAUUUUACAAAAGGUUGUUUCUGUCUCCUGCUUCAAAAGUUUAAAAAGAAAAAAAAAAAGUAUUUAUUAUAUUUUUUGCAGAUGUUUCCAUAAAAUUCUCAUAAUCUUUUUGUAAAGAAAGAUGAAGAAAUGGAUUAAAGAUUUUUAAUAUUUGAAAAGGUAAAUAGAAAUAAUUUAUUUGUAAUAUAUUUCAGUUUAUUUAUUGGUGUUCCCUUAAUGCUUUUAUGUGCACUAUCACUUUAAUUUAAACUAUCUUUGUGAAUUUAUUGGGUUUUUUGUUUGUUUGGGUUUUUUUUUAAGGAAAAUGGUCAAAUGCAUAUUUUAAGUAACUGGAAUGUAAAUCACUGACCUACCUGCAUUCCCAAAUGUGAUUUUAAAAAUGUUUUUGAUUUGAAACAAAAGACAAAUGUGAAAGCCUUUAGAUAGAGGAGAGUGGUUUUAUGGCUUAAUGAUUUGGGUUUCCAUAGGCUUAUCUGUCUGGUUUGUGUGUGGACAGGAAAAUGUAAAUAGAUGAAUGUUUCCCAUAAUGUAAAAAGAGCAAAUUAAUAAAAUAAUUAAUGCACUGCUUGUAA